CAGACUCGGACAGAGGGCGCACCCUGCAGGAGGAACAGAGGAGGGUUAACUUCAGAGGACCGCUCACACAUAUGGAGCGCUGUAUAAAAUUAAUUAUGACUGUGGAUAAAGUCCGAGACUUGAACCAAAGCAAUCUGUGUGGUUAACAGGAGACAAAGACUGGCUGAGAGUGCGUCAGUGUGCAUCAAACAUUUUGGGGAAGUGUUUUUUGGCAGAAAGAGGAACUUCAACAGUCUAUAGAGUCACAAAACAUUGUCAUCGAAAAAGAAUACAGACACCUUUAUCAAACUACCCAAUUGCACCAUGGAAUCUCAACCGUUUUGGACCCUUUUCUUCAAGUUGACAUACCUGAUACCUGCAUUUUUCCUUCUCACUGUCUGUUCAGCAAUGGAUUCACCAAGUAUCAGUCUGGAGCGCGAAGUCUUUGUGGCCUUUAGAGGUGAAAAUCUCAACAUUACAUGCAAUUUGAUCAAAGCAGUAAACCAAACGGAAGAUGGCUGCUUGACAUGCUUUGAUCCAAAAAACAAAACAAUAUACAAUAAUACCAUCCCUACAAUGGAUACCAAACAGGAAAAUUUUUCCUGGCAUCUGGAGCUGAAAAACCUGAAGCUUUCAGGACUUUACUCCUGCCAGUAUCAAACGGUGAAGGUGGAUUGGUUUCUUCGAGUGAAAGAUGAAGGCUACAAGGAACCGGUUAACACAGGGUUCAUCAUCAUGGCCGUUUUCACGGGUGUGCUGUUGAUCUUCAGUGUGCUCGGCUCAGUGUAUGUCUUCAGAGGACAUUGGACUGAGAAACAUGGAGCUGGCGAGAAAAAACAAAAGCAAAGCAAAGCAGAGAAGGAGGUGACAAAGAAGGAGGACGAUAGCUUGGAUACAACAGCAGCUCAGUCCUACUAUGCCAGUCUAGAGCCUCGUCCCAGGUCUAUUUAUGAUGUACUGGACAGCUCACCUGCCAGCAGAGAGAAUGACCAAGACAAAGCCAAACCCAAGAAAAAGGAACCCCCCAAAAAGGCAGCACAAAAGACAAAAGACAAGGAUGAAGGUGUUUUUGAGUCUGUUUAUGAGAACUUUUAGAUCAACUCGUGAUUGUGGGAUCAUAAUCCAGCGCUUUUCUACUUUAAUCUCAUCUGUGUCAGCGACACUGAGAGAAUCAUCUUUCAAUAAAAUCAACAAAAACCACAAAUGCAAAGUAAAAGUAGUUUGGUACAACACAAAGAUUUCUAAAAGUGUGUAAAAAUGUAAAUGAACAGAAGCAUUCCCAUCAGAAUGAGCACAGUGUAUCAAAAGUACUAAAGUUUUUUACUAAAUACUACGACUGUACUAUGUAAAAGUCUUUAGCUACACCUCAUUUCUUUAGAUUUUGUGCACCAAUUUAUUCAAACAGCCAAGGCAAAAAGAGAGUUUGAACAGUUCUAAUGAGCUUAAAAGUCAGUAUUCAGUAUGAGCACCUUUAUUUUCCACCAAAGCCUGAAAUUUCUUGCACAACUUUCUUGUCAUUUCUUUAAGUAGUCUUUAGGAAUAGUUCUCCAGGUAUCUUGAUGGAUGUUCAAUGCUCUUCUUUGGAUGUUGACUGGGUUUGCUCCAUUUUCUGUUAAAAUGAUUCCACAUCGCUUCAAUAAUGUUGGUGUGGGAAUAAAGUCUGGUCUCUGGGGGGAUCAAUUCCAUAACUGA